ACCCGUACCCGGCCGGUCGCUAUGGAGACGCAAGCGUUCCUCCGACACCGGCCGACGCCAGGACAACAGCAGCUAAAGUUUGAGAGCUAAAGAGUUUGUUCGUGUGGGAAAGUGGCGGACGUACUCUUAAAGCGUGUGAACUCACUCUGUGUGUGUGUGUGUGUGUGUGUGUGUGUGUGUGUGUGUGUGUGCGUUCUGUUACCUUUGAACUACUCGCCGCGGGACGGUAGGUGGCACGCGCGCGUCGCGUUUCGCUCCCACUUGUUAUCCCUGUUGUCCGCGGGACGGGAGCUAGCUUAGCUUAGCUUAGCUUAAAGGAAACUCUCCCGAGUGUGUCAGUGUGUCGUCGUCGUCGUCGUCGGGUUUCGUACCGUGAAGUCGGAUGUUUGCGGACCUGAACGUGCAGCGUUGAAAACCGGUGGAAACUCCGGACCAACUCCCACCGAACGCGUCCGGACCGCGGGGCUUUUUGAAGGAAGAGCGGUUCCGUCAGGGAUAAACCCGGUUUCAGAAGAUGAAGUAUGUGUAACGUGAGCCGGGGGUCGAGCUGCGGGACACCCGACGGAGAGGUCGUGUUCUCCGGUUUAUCCACACGUUGAAUCCCCAGUUGUGCCAUGGAUGCGGUGGGAUACAAGCAUGAGUCGCACUACACCGAAGCAGACGGCCUUUGGACAGUGACGCAGAAAGCAGGAGAUCUGGAGCAGAGGAGCAGGGAUGGCGAGAGCUGGAAGCUGGUGGAUGUAUGUCUGUCGGGUGGAGCGCCAUGGGGAUUCACCCUCAGAGGAGGACUGGAGCACCGGGAGCCUCUGCUCAUAACCAAGGUGGAGGAGGGCAGCAAGGCGUCAGCUGUGAGUCUCCAGGCGGGAGACGAGCUCGUCAACAUCAACGAGAUUCCCCUGAGCGGCUUCAGACAGGAGGCCAUCUGCCUGGUGAAAGGCUCCCACAAGACCCUCAGUCUGGUGGUGAAAAGGAGGAGUGAACCCAUAAGCAGGCCUCACUCCUGGCACGCCACCAAGUUCAACGAGAGCCAAUCGCAGACUGCCAAAGCGCAGUCUCCGCCCACGCAGGUCUGGCAGACCAGAUAUGACGCAAGCUCUUCCUCCACGGAUCUGUCUUCUGCCUGGGAGCAAACUGACCUGCGCAGAGCGUCCGACCAGUUCAGCUCACUCGGCAGCAUGGACAGUCUAGAGCAUGUCUCGCACCCGUACGCCGCCGGCCAGCUGUCGCCCGCCAAGUCCAACAACAGCAUGGAGCACCUGGGGGGAGGCAAACGGGACUCGGCCUACAGCUCCUUCUCCACCAGCUCCGGCACGCCGGACUACACCCUGUCCAAGAGCGACGCCGCCUCCACGGAGAACAUGCUCUAUAAAGUCGGUCAGUGGGACGCGGGGGGAAAGCAAAGCAACGGCAGAAGCGCCCAGAGCGCCGCCGACGAGCGGGUGGCGUACAUCCAGGUGCCGGGAGUCGGCGCCGGCCCGCAGGCAGACGACUCGGCCGGCUCGCGCCACUCCACGUCCAGCAGGACCACCGUGGGACCCGUGUGGCACGUCCCCGAGGCCAAAAAGAAGGCUUCCUCGUCUCCCCCGUCGCCUCCUCCUCCCCCCCCUCCUCCUCCGCCCGCGCGCAGCGACAGCUUCGCUGCGACGAAGGUGCACGAGAGGGGGCUGGUCGCGACUCACCCCGAGGGACCCGAGCCGCACCCCGAAAACCGCCGCGGCCACAACCCACCUCAGAAAAACGAGCCCGAGGCUCCGCGGCGCGCCGUCCGACAGGUCCAACCGCUGGGCUCGAGCAAACAGCAGUCGCUGUCCAGUCACCGCGACGUCCGGCAAGGCCCGCCCCCCCACCAGGGACAGCACGGGGACAAGAGCUUACUUUACUUCAGGCCCGAGCCGUGUCGGUGCCGAAAAUCGCAGAACGUGGGGGGGUACCACAGCAGCAUGCAGGAGCUGCCCACCAACGGCGCCGCACAGCACUUUGGUCAGAACCACAGAAGGAACUUGAGCACCUCGCUCUCCACCGCCGCCGCCGCCGAGCACAACGCCGAAAGCGGCCCACACAGUCGGUACUACUGCGUCACCACGGUCCAGGCCGCGCUGCGCGAGCCCCCGCCCGCAAGAACAGAGGACCGGAACGGCGUCACCGGCUCGGACCUGGCGCCGGCCGUAGGUGAGCGCAACUCUCUCAGCCUGCAGACGGUUCCCAAGGUGACGUAUCAUCUGCCCCAGCAGCAGCAGCAGCACUCCUCGUUCAGCAAGGACAGCAAUGGAUACAACAAGCACCAAGUGACCUCUGGGAUGGAAGGACCCGGACCCAGAUCUGGCUCUGACGGCAGGGGAAGCCCGAGGGGGGCCGGCGCCGAGGCUCAGUUCCCGAGCCACGCCUCCGGCUGGCAGCACGAGCAGCGGAGGCCUCCGCCGCAGCAUCACCAGGACGUCCAACAUCACGGCCAAGCCGGCAACAAGAUCUGCGCCCAGGCGACCCCCAUGCUUCACUUCCUGUCCGUGGACGGCGACGACGCCGUCGCGGGCCAAGGCGAGGCGACGAGGGGCCCGACCUCCGAGGAGUCCCUCGACAGUAAGAUGGCGAGACGCAGCGACCGCUUUGCCACCACGCUGAGGAACGAGAUCCAGAUGAGAAGAGCCAAGCUGCAGAAAAGCAUUAGCGCAGCCGCCCUUCCUGGCACCGAGGGAGGGGGCGAGAAUGAUCAGGAUGUCUGGAAGUCCCCCGAAAGCGCCCCGCCGGCCUCCUUCACCGGCUCCUACAAGGAUCACGUGAAGGAAGCACAAGCCAGGGUGCUGAAGGCGACGUCCUUCAGGAGGAAAGACCUGGAGCCUGUGCUGCUGGAGCACCUGGCGGCUGAGGGCUUACCCAGCUACCCGUCCUCCCGGAAAGACGUGGCCCCUCUGCCGACCCUCUCGGAGUCUGCAAUGAGCAGGGCGGGGCCCGCCGGCGGUCAGGUGACUCGCAUCGGCAGCCGCAAGCGGUUUACAGCGGAAAAGAAGGUGCGGUCUUUCUCCGAACCGGGCCAGAUCCACCAAGUCGGCGUGAGCUCUGCGCCGCACCAACAGCAGCCCUGUAAAGAGGGCGGGACACCAGCUGUCCCCAAUCACGCCCCCCAUCGGAGCAGUGCGGGGAACCCCACGGAGGCCGAAACCCGAGGUCUCGCCCCCACCAGGGAAACGGAGGACCCGUUGAAAGGCGCCAGGAGCAGAGUGUCCACCGCAGAGGUCCAGGAAGGUCCUCACUCUGCACACAGGCAGGGCGUCCAGGACCAGCAGAGACUGGGCACCUUUGCUGAGUAUGAGGCCCGGUGGAGUGCACAGAACCCCCCCCCCGAAACGAGAGCCUCCGGACGGUACCGGUCGGCUGACAACAUCCUGGAUCCGGGGCCGGAGGAGAGAACCAAAACCACCUGCUUCCAUGAGAGAUCCCGAUCGUCUCCUUCGGCCGACAUCUAUGGACGGAAGAUUCAGGUUCCUGCAAGAAGGUUCGAGACCGAAUAUUCCCCGGCGGAGGGCACACCUGCCGAACGGCUCGUCGCUGCCACGGGGUUCCCCGACGCAGGGCCCCCCCGCCGCAGCGCCAGGGAGACGCACCACCCGGACCUCGGCCUCGGAGCCAAACACGGGCCCACCCCGGUCCCCGGCGGCCUCACGGGGUCCGUCACCCCUCCGCCGGAGGCCCGCAGGGGGGCCUCCCCGCCACCCCGACGCCCGGAGGUCGACUCCCAUGAGCCCCCCGCCGGUUCCCAGGGAGAAACCCUCACCCGCUGCCCUCCCGACCCGCCCACUCUGCGGAGGGAGAGCCCGAGCACGGCGACAAAGGACGUCCGACCCCCCCCGACUCCGGGGCCGCUCGCCAUGGAGGAGCAGCGCUCUCCCUCUCCACACUUUUCUCCUCAGAGACUCAGCGACAAGCCUCCGGCCUCUCUGCAGGACGAGGACCCCCCCAGGACGGAGCAUGUGGUAGAAAAGCCACAUUCCGCAGCGAGGAAAGUUCCCAUCAGGAUCGUCCACUCGGAGGUCGCGGCGGACAAGGAGGCGUGUCCCUAUCUGCAGCACGGCGACGCCCCCCACGCCGUCGAAGCCGAGGGUCCCGGCGUGAUCCGGCUGGUCGGUCGAGGGGCCGCGGGGCAGGACUCUGGCUUCUGUGCGUUCACUCGGCAGGGGGAGACCGCUCAGGCCGACGCCUACAUGACCACCGUUGGAGAUCACGGCCUCUCCGACGGGCCGCCGCCGGCCCACGCCGAGGUCACGGAGGUCACGGAGGUCACACGGCUCUCUGAGGAUCAGAAGAGAGACGAGUUGGCUCGCAGCAUCAUGGGAAAGGAUAAAUCGCUCACUGAAAUCCUGGACCAGAGCAAGAUGAAGACCACCAUGGACCUGAUGGAGGGCAUCUUCCCCCAGGAGGAGCAGCUGCUGGAAGGAGCUCACCAGCGCAGGAAGGUCAACCGGCCUGCUGAAGAAAGGGAAAAGGAGGACAGCGUGGCGGCGGCUGUCACCAUGGUGACCAACUCUACGUACUACAGCACGUCUGCUCCCAAAGCCGAGCUCCUCAUCAAGAUGAAGGACAUGCAGGAUGAAGAGGAGGAGGAGGAAGAGGACUUCGAAGACGAACUGGACAUCGACCUGGCCAACAAGAAGCAAGAGCUGAUCGACAGCCUCAGCAGGAAGCUGCAGGUGCUGCGUGAGGCCCGGGAGAGUCUUCAGGAGGACAUCCUGGACAACAACGCCCUGGGAGACGAGGUGGAGGUCCGGGUCCAGCAGGUCUGCAAGCCCAACGAGCUGGACAAGUUCCGCAUGUUCGUCGGGGACCUGGACAAGGUGGUGAGUCUGCUGCUGUCGCUGUCGGGCCGCCUGGCCCGGGUGGAGAACGCCCUCAACAGCCUGGAGGAGGACGCCACCGCGGAGGAGAGGCGCACGCUGACGCAGAAGAGGAAGCUGCUGAUCCGACAGCACGAGGACGCCAAGGAGCUGAAGGAGAACCUGGACCGCCGGGAGCGCCUGGUCUACGACAUCCUGGCCGGCCAGCUGCCGGAGGACGGCCUCACGGACUACGAGCACUUCGUCAAGAUGAAGUCGGCGCUCAUCAUCGAGCAGCGGAAGCUGGAGGACAAGAUCAAGCUGGGCGAGGAGCAGCUCAAGUGUCUGACGGACAGCCUGCCGAUGGAGCAGAGGCUGGCCCUGUGAUGGGGGGGGGGGGGGGCCUCGUCCCAGCAGAGGGAGACAGAGACAAAGCGGCUUCGAGGUGCGAUGGACGGAUGUCAGUGUCCUCCGUCCUCCGUGGCUUCGGUCUUUCAACCCGCGUUGUUGGUUUGAUUUUUUUUUUUUAGUAAUUUAUUGUAGCCUUUUGAAUCUGCGCAGGAGGGACAGUAUUUUAUCUUCAACUGAUUUUGAGCUUCCUGAAACUAGAAGAAUUUAACAUGUUUUCAAAUAUUUUCCCCAUCUGGAACGAAUAUGGCCGAAUAUUUCAGUAAACAAGUUUUUUUUAUUUAUUUUUUUACCUUUUUAUAUAAAUUUAAACUAGUGGCCUUUUGGACUCGGAGGUUUGUGCCCAUCGCUCACUGAAGCUUUUCUCCUGGAGGUGAAGCAGCGCUUCACGUCACACUUUUGACUUCUGAAGUGCCUCCGACGCGCUGCGCUCUUUCCUCCACUUCGUCACGUCGCCGCCCCACUUUUUGUUUCUUUUUAGUUACAGCCAGACAAAAAGAAAAGGAGAGUUUUACAGAUCACGACGCUGAUACUUGUGUGAUACUUCACUGUGUUAUUUGUUUUUCACUUUGCUGGUGGUAAAAUGCAUGACUUCUAGAUCAAUUUCACACACACACACUAGCGGAGGAUGUUUGUUCUGCACAUUUUGUAUCGGUUUUCACUGCUGCCGCCUGAAUCUUUAACACUUUACCAGCCGCGCUCUUUUAUAUGAAAUAAAGGAGUCUGCUGAA